GCCAAGGUAACGAUAAGAUGUACUUCUUUGUACGCAUAGUUUUGGUUUGAGCUUAUGGAUGGUAAGAGCUUCGGCUAUUUUUAGGAGUUGGAUAAGAAGAAAUCUAGGUAGAUUUGAACGAAUCAUAUAAACAACCUUAAAAUCAAACUAUGGAUCCGUAGAAUGAUUACAGUCGAUUAGGUGUUCAAGUAUAGAAUUCCUAAGUGCUUUUCUUUCACCCUUGUAGAACCAAACUGGGACAUGUUCCCUUAUCCAAGUUGAAAGCGAGCGGUGGCUACGGCCAAUGUACCUUGCUCCACAAGAGCAGGUGAACUGGUAGGUGCACAUGGAGGCGACCAGACACGGAAGCUUAUCUUUUUUGGAUACAGAAAAUAAGUUCCUACUAGAGAAGGUUAUUCGCAGUUUUGCCGCAUUAAAUGUUCUUUUAAUCGUUGUCGUUAGACGAUUUUUGAUUACACCAGAUGUUCGCUCCACUUUAAAUUCCAGACUUAUAUAGAGAUGUUUCUUUGGGACGGAACAACAAGAUUUCCUCUCGCAACUACUUCUGUUCAUAUUCUUCUCUAUGAAACGGUCUGGGUAGUCAUUUUUCGUCAAGGUUUUCCUGAGGAAUGCGAGUUCUUCGUCAAUAUAUUGCACACUGCAUAUCCGAUGUAUUCAAUGAAAUAAAGAGUGGAUGAGAUUUCUUUUUCUACUUAAAGGAACCCAGCUAUAGAAAAUGGUUAGCUGGUCAUUCCAUGUUUAUUUUCUAAAGAUGGGCGUUUUUAAAGAACCAUUACUCCUUCUCAUCAGACGUACAUCGAGAAAAGAGAUUGAUUGGUCUCGCUCACUUUCUAACGUGAAGUCUAUGGAAGGGUGGCAUGAGUUGAAGGUGUGUAAGAUAUCCUCUAAUUCAAUAUUAUCGUCACAAACGACAAGUGUGUCGUCCAUGUAUCUUAUGUAUAGGUGAAAUCGAUUAAUCAUUGAACUGAGUUGGUCGCUUUCUAGUUUUGCCAUGAAAAAUUCUGCUAAAAUUGCACCCAAUGGAGACCCGAUUGCGAUCCCAUCUCUUUGUCUAUAUAUUUCAUUGUGAAACUGAACUGGACAUUAAAGGCACAACGUAACAAUAGUUCUUUCAAAUGAGGUUAAUCCUAGAGGAUGUUACUAAAUUUUCCAAACCUAAAGGAGAAGUUGAUAAAACACUGCAAAUUGAAAAAUAGCUAACGAAUGUUGUUUAAAAUCUUAAGAAUAAGGGGACGAUAACCCCAGAUUUAUAUAAUCACAUACGUCCAAUGGGUUCAAUCAUCUCGCGCUUAUAUGGACUACCGAAAGUACAUAAACCUGGUUUACCGUUACGACCUAUUUUGGAUAUGUCGAGUUCACUAUACCACCGAAUCGCUCAAUGGUUAGCUGAAAAAUUGGAACCAAUUAGAAGACAAGUAUCUAAAUAUUCUAUUCAUGAUACUUUUCAAUUUAUCGAUCUGGUGUAAUCAAAAAUCGUUUAACGACAACGAUUAAAAGAACAUUUAAUGCGGCAAAACUGCGAAUAACCUUCUCUAGUAGGAACUUAUUUUCUGUAUCCAAAAAAGAUAAGCUUCCGUGUCUGGUCGCCUCCAUGUGCACCUACCAGUUCACCUGCUCUUGUGGAGCAAGGUACAUUGGCCGUAGCCGGCGCUCGCUUUCAACUUGGAUACGGGAACAUGUCCCAGUUUGGUUCUACAAGGGUGAAAGAAAAGCACUUAGGAAUUCUAUACUUGAACACCUAAUCGACUGUAAUCAUUCUACGGAUCCAUAGUUUGAUUUUAAGGUUGUUUAUAUGAUUCGUUCAAAUCUACCUAGAUUUCUUCUUAUCCAACUCCUAAAAAUAGCCGAAGCUCUUACCAUCCAUAAGCUCAAACCAAAACUAUGCGUACAAAGAAGUACAUCUUAUCGUUACCUUGGCCCUUAUUAUUAUUAUUAUUAUUAUUAUUAUUAUUAUUAUUAUUAUUAUUAUUAUUAUUACUGCAUUCCCUUUACUUAUGCCUUAUAUUCUCAUUAUUUUAUUUAUAAAUACUCAUCAUAUCACCUUAUUUAUUUUUACACCUCUGUCACCUUUAACUAUUGUAACAAAAACAUUCUAGUCAUCUUAUUACAUUCACUAAAUCUAUUGUUAUUGUUCGUAUUACGUAAUCUAGUAUUAUAAUCUUUCUAUUACAUUAUCUUGGUUGUGUUCACAUUUCCUCACGGAAUUAGUACUUUAACAAAAAACUUCAUAUAUCUACGAUUGUACAUCUUGACAAUAAAUUCGUUGAAAAGGUAUCCCUUCGCUGAACUUCGUGCUUUUUAUUUUUAAUGUUUAUAUGGGAAAUAUCUGUCACUUGUUAUUGUUUAGUUGAAUCUUCACGUUGAUGUGUAGAACUGCAACUGAUCAGUCUUUACUGUCAUAUAUGCGCAUUGCGUCAAUAUUGCCUUAAUUCACAAGCAUUGUAAGUAAAGCUGGGACACUUGUUACCUAUGUUCAUCCACCGCACAAAUCAAUCCACUUUUCGUUUCCUCUUUAGAUCUUCGAUCUCAGUGUCUCUUCAUACACACCUUUUCGGUACAUUUUCAAUAUUUCACUGUUACUAAUACCGUUAAUAUAAUAACUCCUUCUCAAUUCUCCUCACUGUACUAAUGUGAUACGAUGACCUGGGCUGACACAUAGUUAGGCUAAGCUGACCUCUGUGCUGGUUGCCAUUGACAGGGGAUAGCAAAUUCGAUAUCUUAUGCGUAGGUCCACUCAGAUAGGAAAACGAGUAAAAGGUGACCUGGGAAGUUUUUUAAACCAGUAGUUAACUAAUAACUUUUGACAUUUUUUAUCGACUUCUGUAGACAUACUUAAAAAGAAACACUAUUUAAACCGAGUUUCAUUUUAGGUAGAUUGUAUAUUGAAUGUUGAACUCACUAUUUAUAGUCGUUUCUAUAUCAGUUUGCUUCAUUGCUAAUCAAUUAUUCAUGUAGUUUACUCAUACAAACUUUUAAAGUCGCAAAUAAACGAGUUUAUUUCAUUCUUAGUUACUUUCGGGGUUUUUUCGUCUCACAUUCUUUUGCUUUAUUAUUCUAUUACCACUAGUUUAAUUAUUUCAGUUGAUUUAAUCGACAAAUGCAUUAUAUUUUUAGGCUUUUAAACCAUUCGGACAAAUUCUACGUGUGAUAUCAUUCAAGAAAAACGACUCACGUCAUGCAUUUUUAGAAUACAGCAAUACUAUAUCAGCUCAUGUUGCUAAAUUAGUGAGUGGGUUGUUUUUCAAGAAUUAUCUUAUGCUUUAUGCAUAUCAUUACUAUUGAUACACACUUAUGACAUAAUGUGUAUUGUUUUAUAUAAAAAUUGGCUGUACCUAUUUAUUUACACCCAUUCAUACUUUAAAUUUUACCGUAUGUAGAAUCUCUAACAAUGAGUUUUCCUUGUUAUAUCGUAUACAGAAUUCUAACGAAAUCUACUUCCUGUUAUAUUACUGUUUCGUACCCAGCUUUAUCUCAAGAAUUACAGUAAAGAUUCAGUUGACGAGAAUCAUUUUUUUACAUGUUACAAUAAUCUAGUUUCUCUAAAUGUUGUGAAAACCGCCAGUAUAUUGUUACACACUAUACGAAGUAACAAUGAAAAACUAUCUAGUUCUGGUCAGUCCGUGAUGUAAACUACAAAUCAAAAAGAAUCUCAGCAAACCUCUUACUACUUAUAAUCUUAUGUUUACUAAUGACCAACUUCAUAAAGAAAUCCCAAGAGUUCUAAUGAGAAGUCUUGGCUGAUUGAGUGACAAAGGUGUCAUUGUUUGGGUCAAAGGAUGAUUGUUUUGCAAUGUCAUGGAUCAACUUAAAUUAAAACUGAACGAUUAAAUGCCAACUCACUGGUAUUAUAGUGAAUAUCCAUAAAAUUUCUAUGUUCAGGAUUUGAAGUUUUGAAUGUAUACCACUGAGGCAUCUCAAACUGGGACGAAAGAGUUGUCCAGUCCCUCACCAAAAGACUCAUUUGUCGUGAUUCAGUAAUAAUUUUCAAUAGUUUCUAGUAAUUACGAACGAUUACGAGCUUUUUUAGUGCAAAAACUGGAUGUGCUAACCAGAUAGGUUAAAUCACUAAUAUACCAUAUCAUUCCAACGCUAGUAAUCUACAUGUGAAUAAGGGAGAGCUAGAGAGAGGAAGAAAACGAGUCCCUCAAGAAAGCUUUUUUAUUUCCCAACAGAAUUCAAAACUGUAUUAAAGCAACCCUGUUUAUGUAGCAACGAUUAUGACCUUUUGAUUGUAGAAUCAGCAAAUUAAAUUCAAUAGCAAGAAAUCAAAUAAUAGUGAACGUUAAUGGAAUAAUAUAAAUUUAACAUGCUCCCAAAUGUGUGCACGUUUGAUCUAUCAUUUCUCCAGGGAUAUUACAGACUAUCUAAUUUUUAUUAAUAAAUAUUCAUUCUUUCUUGUAAAGAUAACUUCGAGUACAUUUUUGUUAAUCUAUAUUUCUAUCCGACCUGCACUUUUUUCUGGUCGUUUGAUACGACCUUUAGUUUACUAAUUUUUCUCUACCCUAAGUUCAUGCUUUGAUGCUAUAUACACAGAGUUGUUCGAUUUCAGUUUUGUUCUCGUCGAAUAUCAAGACUUUUUCAUUCCUGCCUUCUUGGAUUUUAUCGCUUGAAUAUUACUGUUGAAAGGUUGUAUUUAUCAGUUGCCGUAUUGUCGAGUUCACGUUAGUUGUCUUUUAUAUUAGGAAAAUCUUGAUCGUUCAUGACUAGAAUUUACAGUAGAUUCAGUCAAAUAAAUCUCAAAAGAAAACACCUUUAUUAUUACAAAAUGAAACAGCUAGAUAAUUUAUGACCUUCCCAGCGCACUGCAUGUUCAAUAGAUAUGUUUUACUACUUAUAUUAAUUAAUUUUUACUGUUCACUAACAUUCUAUCUAACAAAUUAAAUUUUUGGUUGUUUACACAUCGUAAUGUUCAAUACAUUCUUAUCCUGUCAUAAAUAUUAGCAAAUGAAUGGUGUACCGUUAUUUCCUAUGGAGAGUAAUUUUAACAUUCUUCGUACUGAAUUUUCAAGGCAACCAACUUUAGAAAUUCACCGAGAAGAUAAUAGUUGUAGAGAUUUUAUUCAAAAUCCAUGGAACGAAUCAGAUGAGUUGAAUCAUAAUCACAUAUCAUCAAGUGUAGUAAAUGGGACCAAAAAUUUCCACGCUUUUCUUCCUUCUGUCAAAGAUGAAUGGGAUGAUUUUAGUGAAGAAAAAUUAUCAACUAUGGAUCCAGUAUUUUUAAGUGUUUUGGCUAAUCGACUUAUCAAACCGUUAUUGAAAGUAGCCGCAAGUAUAUCUGGUCCACAAGCUAAUCUGUUGAGGGCACAAGCAACAACACUGUCUAGUCUUACCUCUCUGAUAUCUGAAAAUAGAAAUCAUGAUUCAUUACCUUGGCCUUUGAUUCCAAAUCUACCGGCUAAAGAAACUUCUCAUCUUACAGGACAUUCAGUUCCUUUCUCACCAGUUGCUUUUGUAUCGAAUUUAAAUACUGAGGUGAGUUAAUGUUCUUAUUAUUGAGUAUUUAUUUAUCUUUUUUAUUGUUGAAAACAUACCAUGUAGAACAUUUGAUAAGCUUUAAUAUUCCAUGAACUAUGUAACACUCAAUUAAAGGUUAAAUAAGUCUGGAUUUUCCAUUCAAGGGUGUACAUACUUUCGUUAUGCCGUAAAGCCAUAAUACAAAGAUAAUUUAGUUUGUAUAAUCAAUAAAAUGGAUAACACUACCCUGUAAAUGCUUCCUUAAUUCUAUAUACCCAGAUAUUUGAUACUUUUCUACUUAUCUCUUCUAAAUGCAAAUUUGCCAAGUUUAACAACUUGCUUCAUUAGUAAUGUAUUGUUACUCUUUUUCAUUUGUUGACGAGUAUUAUUUCCUUAUGUAUUUACAUAGUAUGAAAAGAUGUAGUGUUGUUAUCGUUGCUGUUAGCUGAAUAAUUUGAUCGAUAUGUGGUCGGUGCCUUGUUUGUUUGGCAGCUUCUCAACGAAACCCAUAUGCUUAAUUUAUUUUACCGCAGAGAUCCCCAUCCUCAUUAAUCUGAAGUACUUGUAUUGUUUUCCCUUUAAGCAAGAUAAAAGUACUCUGAUUUGUCAUAUUACCCAUAUUUAAAUAUAUCUUUCCAUUUCCAAAUUAGCUCAAAUGUAAGCACUAAUUAGUCAGACAAGGUUGCGAUAGGUACAUUGUUCUCUACAUCAUAUAACUUUCCCUUGCUUUCACUAACUUACUCUCUGUAUAAAAAUAUACAUAUAUAACAACUGCUAUCUGUCUUUGUCUCUUUCUCUCCCUCCAUAUCUUUAUGUAUGUAUAUGUAUAUAUCUCACUUUAUAUAUAUGAUCUAUGGCUAUCCUACAAAACAUUUCUCUCCAUCUGUUCAUGGUCCAUUUCUAUAUCCAUCUAUCAUUACUAUCAUCAUCAUCCUGCAAAAGAAAGUCAAUCCGGAUACAUUGUUCAUACUUUUUGGUAAGAUUAUCCUGCCUCCAUAUAUAUGUAUGCUUAUGUGGACCUUAAUUAGGGUCAUUUUUUUAAAUGACUAAAGUAUUGUUUUGAUUAUAAUUGAUAAGUGAACUGUAAAUUUGGCUACAAUUCAUAGUUUAUAAUUUGUAAAACAAGAAAAAAUCUCAUUAAACUAGCUAAAAGAAUAGUUUGUAUGGAAACUCCAAUAUAUGUUGUGUUUGGUGUAGCAAUACUGAUCAAAUUGGUUCUAUUAUGCGUAUGAGUAUUGCGUCGCAUUAAAUUGCUAUGAAUAUAAUCAGGAUGUGUGUUGCUUUUCCAUUUACCACACUAUUCAGAUAUAUGUUUGUUUGAUAGGAAGAAUUUUGGAAUUUAUGUAGUAUCUUCAUACAGAUUAUCAAAUUGUGUUUAGGUAUUUUAUAUUUUAUAUCUUUUUCCCAUCCAUUAAAAAUUAACCUUUUUAUGCCUUAUACAUAUUUGAUUUUUUGCGUACAUCCCUUUGAAUUUUGUUAAGGUGUUUACGGGGAUGUGCAACGUGUAAAAAUCCUGCACAAUAAAAGAAGCACCGCCCUUGUUCAAUUCACAGAUGCUAAUCAAGCACUUCGAGGUUAAUUAUUUAAUUUAUUACUGUUUAUUUAUUCUGUUGUUGAUUUUAUUUUUUGCGAUGGACCUUGGGGAAGGUUAUACUAUCUGACUAUUGAAUUUGUCAGAUUUUACAUUAACUUCAAUCAUAGAAAGAAACUCUUACUAAAUGUAACAGAACGCAUACUGGUAUGCAUGAUUUUUCUAAUGAUAUUCCAUAAAGCUUAAUAAAUAACUUUGCAAAUGAGUAUUACAUGCGAAUGGAGUUCUAAUCAUUGUUCAAAGAUAACAUAUUCUACAUGGUACAAUGUGCAUGUCCAGAAUGUUCUUUAGUUUUUUUUAUAAUUUCGAAUUUUGAAAUUAAUUAUUUAUUUAAAAAUUAAAAGCUAUAAGUCAAUAAUUAAAACAUUCGAUUUCCAACUCUUAGCAUAGAGGUUCAAGUCCCCACUGCACUUGUUAAACAGUUCGAUCGUUUAAGUAGCAUCACUAGCUCUCAAAUACCAUAUAAAUGGAACUUAAAGCUCCGACUAUGCGUAAACUUGCACUUGUUCUCACUAAGUUGGCAAAUGUAAGAAUCCCAAUGUAAAAAAUAACUGCAUCAGUAUAUAAAUAUUGUUGGUUUUUCGUCAGUAUUAUGUAUUUCUUUAUGUUAAGGGAAAUCUUCGGAUUUUUCGAAUUUAAUGCAUGUUUCCCAUAAAGCAUCAAAUGCUGUUUUUUUAAGUAUUCACCGUUUAGAUUUUCAUCGAAUAAGUGUUCAGUUCUUCCUUUCUAAGGAAUAAUUUGAAUUUUAGAUAAAGUAUACAUUAUUCCAACGACUGAAUAAAAAAUUUCUGUUCUUCUCUGGAUUUGCUAAACAUAAGCUCUCAAGUAACAUAAAUUCACAAAGUUUUCACUCACAUAAAUAUUUUGACAAAAUUACUCAAUUGUCAUAAUUAUAAUUCAUUUUGUCAAAUGGUUAGUCAGCUAGAUCGUAUAUUUUGAUAUGAUGAUGUGGUAACUUGAACCAAUGCACGUAUGUGCCGGGUUCUAUGCGGUUUAUGGUUGACCUACGAAAUGGUCUUUAUCACAGAAUUGCCUCGGCAUCUGGUGAACCAUUGAAAGGCGAAUAACACUAAAUAGCCGUUUUAUCUCAAUCUAUAACUUCAAUUAGGCUCCCACAGGACCUUACAUAAUAUCACAAUCAGUGCCUUACAUUUCAACUGCCCAUCCAGUUGAGCGAAUUUUUACACGAAAUAGUUAAAUGAUUAGAUAUUAUGAAAUUCUCCACUUAAAAUCUGUUAUUCAUAUUUUACUAUCCGUAUAUUCCGGGGAGAUUUUUAAAAAAGUUCUCAUUUUCUACAACAUAGUUUCCUACUUUCCAAUGACUCACACUUUUCUUUACAAAGAUAUAUAAGGUAAAAUAAUAGCAUUGAAUAAAAACCACCAAUUGUUUGCAUACAUUUGAAAUACAAUACUGUAUUCGUUUCGCACUAAGUUAUUGUCCUACUUCUAGAGACGGAUUUAAUUCCCGUAAUCCUUUUUUGUAAUAUCGGUUAGUGAUCACUGCUAAAUUAUCUCACAUUAUUUUUUUCAGCUGUGAAUUUUUUAAACGGUGUCCCAUUGUAUGGUAAAACCAUACAUUGUGUUCUUUCGAAAAAUUCAACUGUUACCAUGCCACACACCAGUUUACAAAAUCCUACAUCUGACGGUGAAAAUGACAUAAAAACUACAUGUGAUUAUACUGGGCAUAAAUUGCAUAGAUUUAAACGUGUCAACUCUCGUAAUCAUUUCAAUAUAUGCGCUCCAUCCAAAGUAUUACAUGUUACCAAUUUACCGGACUCAAUCGAUGACGACAGUUUAAAAAGUGUGUUUGAAAAUGGUACCGAUUAUCAUGUCACACGAAUCAAAUCUUUCAAAGCUGAUAAGAAAAUGGCUUUAAUAGAAUUUGCAAAUUUAGAAGAAGCAGUUUCAGCAUUAAUUACAAUGCAUGAUUAUCCCAUAGAAGAGAAUAUGCGUAUUCGUGUCAGUUUCAGUAAAUCUGCUUUAUAAAAUGUCAUGUGAAUAAAAAGUCAAAGAAAAUAUAAGUAUGAACAAUGUUAUUCGGAUACAAACAUUUCACAUAUAUCUCCAUUAAUUCGCUUUGCUUUAUAUGUAUGUGUUUUCUUAUUAUUAUUAUUUCUUCAUUUCCUCUAAUCGUUUACUAUUAAUUCUAGUUGGUUUCUCACUUUUAAAUUAUCUUGUUUAUUCCUUCAACUUCAAUUUAACGGAUUCAUAAGUUUAGUUAAAAUAAAAUAAUAAAUGUAUUUUCAAUAAAUUAAUCCAGUGUUUGUUUUACUCUUGAUACUUAAUACUGACUACAUAGUAAUAUCUAAACUCCACAUUCUUAAUGUAUAGUUUCUAGGGGUCGAACUUUUACAGGGAGAUUCACUUGUUGACUUAGAAUACGCCGAUGCCAUAGUUCUGUUUGGUGAAGACACUGACAAAAUGCAGAGUCUUCUGACUACUGUAAGCAACAAUGCAGGCAUGUUCGGGAUGCAAUUCUUCCCCUCGAAGUGCAAAAUGUUACUUCAGGAUUGGAUUGCAUCGACACCCGAACUAAUGAUAGAAGGUGAAGUAGUUGAGCGUGUUGACCGCUUCACUUAUCUAAGGAGUCUCAUCAGCCCUCGUCGUCUACUGUGUGACGAAAUCUCAGCACGGAUACAGAAGGCUCGACUAGCUUCUGCCAACUUACGUCAUUUAUGGAGUAAGCGAGAUAUCCGUCUACCAACCAAAGGAUGUGUUUACUGCGCAGCAGUUCGUUCCGUCCUACUUUAUGACAGUGAAAUAUGGCCGGUAAGAGUAGAGGAUAUUUGUAGGUUGCUAGUAUUUAAUCAUAGAUGUCUUCGAAACAUUGCUCGUAUAUCCUGGGGCCAUCGAGUAAGUAACUCAGUUGUUAGGAAACGGAUACUAGGUACGGAUGGCAAAUCAAUUGAUAAAGUAGUGGAACUCCACCAGUUAAGAUGGCUGGGACACGUAUUACGUAUGCCCAACCCCUGACUGCCUCGAUAUGCGAUGUUUCAUGGUGUAGGAGUAGGUUGGAAGAAAGCUAGGGGCGGCCAGACCAAAACAUGGCACAAGUCCAUGAAGUCACUGACAAGUGAACUGAGCCAUGUUGGUAGGUGUAGACUACCUGGUUGGGAUCCGCGAGACGAUAGCAACUGAUGGUUAGACACCUUGAAUGACAUGGCUCAAAAUCGUUUGCGAUGGUGCAGGUGCAUCCAUUCUUUGUGUUCUCCCAAAUUCUGAUCUGAGUUCUUCAUGUCCUUUUUUUUCUUUCCAAAUUUCACUGGACUAUUUUUUUGAAUAACAACUUCAAACCCUGAUCUUUCCGAUUACUGCUUAUACUUUUACUACCUCUACCACUACGGUAUUUGAAUUGACAGUUGUAUCCCUGUGCUUAUGUGGUAUGGCAACUCGAACUAAUGUACGUACGUACGGAGUUCUACGUUGUUUCUGACUGGCACAUUCUUAAUAGCUAGUCAUAAAUAAUCUAGAUUUCAAUAUAUGAAGUAUCCACACAUUUUUCAUUAAAGAAUCAUUAUCGGUCAAAGCAUGGAAUAGAACUUAUGCUGAGUAAAGAAUGGUUUUUUAAAAAAAUGUAAAUUUGUGUUGAUAAAUAUAUUAUUAAUGCUGUAAGUAUAGAAAAAAAUUAUUUGGUAGAAUGUAUUCAAUGGUGAAUAUGCUGUCUAAUAAGAGUCAAAUUUCAUUCUAGUUGCACUUAAAUCUCGAACUCUUUCAUAAUGUGAACCGAAGAAACUUAGAUCAGAUUAUUCAUUACAAUAACGUUAUUUAAAUAAUUUGUGAAUGCCUGUGUCACUAUUUAAUGUAAGUACUUUGAAAAUAAAUUAAUGAAUUCAGAGAUAAUACGUACUAAAUAAUGUGGAAAAAUUUUCUCCGUAGUUCUAUAUGCAGUAUAAUUGAGAAUUUCAUUGUAAAGAUGUGUUAUAAUCUAUUCCUUGUAAUAAAACUCGCUACGGUUAGGAAUCCAUAUUUUCAGUGUUUAAGGUCCAUUCAGUUUAAUCGUUAGUCUUCAAAUUUUUUAAGAUAACGUAGAAAUUAACUAGUUGCAACAGAGUUACUAUUUUACUACACUCUUAUUUGUAAGCUAAUGUAAGCAAUGCUGUCAAUUCAUCUAUUCAAGAUGAAGUGCUUACUUCUCAGUCAAUCUAUCUUAAUCUUAUCCAAUAAAACAAGGUUAACUAUUAUGA